UCACCCGUUUCACCCCGGCGUCCACCACGAAACGGGCAAGCGUCGGCCUCCACCGCCACCACCAGUCCACCUCCUCCUCCUCCGGCUCACGCAGUUUCCCCGCCCCGCCACUAUAAAAAUCCACCCCACCGCGUCUACAGUUUCCACACACACGCGCGCGUGCACGGGCGGGCAAGCACCAGAAAGGAAAGCGGAGGCCGGCCGCGCGCGCGCGCGGCGGCCGCCAGUUCACCACCGCCUGCCUGCUUGCCUCCUUCGCUUUGCCAUUUUUGCUUCAGCGUCCCUGGAUUGGGUUCGGCCGCUCCCGCGGCGGAGCUAGGGAGGGAGGGAUCGGCGACGAUGGUGCGGGGGAAGACGGAGCUGAAGCGGAUAGAGAACGCGACGAGCCGGCAGGUGACCUUCUCCAAGCGCCGCAACGGGCUGCUCAAGAAGGCCUACGAGCUCUCCGUGCUCUGCGACGCUGAGGUCGGGCUCAUCGUCUUCUCCCCGCGCGGCAAGCUCUACGAGUUCGCCAGCGCCGCCAGCCUCCAGAAAACAAUUGACCGUUAUAGGACGUACACAAGGGAAAAUGUCAAUAACAAGACUGUUCAACAAGAUAUACAGCAAGUCAAAGCAGAUGCUGUAAGCUUGGCAAAUAGACUCGAAGCCCUUGAAAAGACCAAACGAAAGUUCUUGGGUGAAAAUUUAGAAGAAUGCUCCAUUGAAGAACUGCACAAUUUGGAGGUUAAACUGGCGAAGAGUCUUCACGUCAUCAGAGGAAAGAAGACACAACUGCUGGAGCAGCAGAUAACCAAGCUGAAGGAGAAGGAGAGGAACCUGCUCAAAGACAACAAAGAAUUGCGCGAUAAGCGCAACCUCCAGCCUCCACCGGAGGCGCCACCAGUCCUGAACCGCUGUCUCCCUCCUUGGCCGCGUAACCUGCCGGCGCCACCGAGCAACGACGACAUGGACGUGGAGACGGAGCUGUACAUAGGAUUACCCGGCAGGGAGCGCUCCUCCAACAGGGACUCUGGUUGAGCCACGGAUUUUCAGCUCGGCUAAAAGGAAUAAAAACUCUCUGAAAGCAUCAUCAAAGGGCACAUGCCAAUGGUUUUACUUGCACCUUGUAUACAAAGUUGUGCUGGAAAUGUAAAAAAGUAUGUAGUAUGUGGAUGAAAGAAACGGCUGGGUAGCUAGCUGCAAACCUGCAAGCCUUUCUGGGGCCUGAAAAUGAAAAUCCAUACACGGAUACACCCACA